AUGAAAAAAGAACCAGAAACUUACUCAGUUUAUAAAUACGACGAGGUGGAUGAGAACAAGUCGUGGGCCUCGAGUCUGCCCGUGCAGAAAGGCUUGUACCAGCCCGAAUACGAGAAAGAUAGUUGCGGAGUGGGCUUUGCAUGCCAGAUAAAGGGAGAGGCGUCGCACCGGAUCAUCUCCGAGGCCAAGUAUCUUCUCUGCAACAUGACGCACCGGGGAGCAGUUGGUUCGGACGCCCGGGAUGGAGACGGGGCCGGUGUGAUGACCUCGAUGCCCGAUAAGUUCAUGCGGCGGGAGUUCAAGUACCGCUGCGGGGUGGAGCUCCCUGCUGUAGGGCAGUAUGCGGUGGGAAACUUGUUUUUCAAGAAGGACCCGGAGGUUUUGGAGCGGUCGAAGGCAACUUUUGAGUCGAUUGCCCGGUCGCAGGGGUUGAAGGUGCUCGGAUGGCGGCCUGUGCCUGUUGAUUCGUCGUUGUUGGGCCCUGCAUCUUUAUCCCGUGAGCCAAGGAUCCUCCAGCCGGCAGUUGUGAUGGGGGGAGAGAAAGAAGAAGCAAAUGAAGCAAGUGCAAAUACAAAUGCUGAUAGCACUUUCUCGUCGAAGGAAUUCGAAAAGAAACUCUUCAUCUUGAGAAAAAGAGCAACGCACACGAUCGGCCUGCACAACUGGUUCUACAUCUGCUCGCUGAGCUCGAAGAACAUCGUGUACAAGGGCCAGCUCGUGCCUCCGCAGGUGUACUCGUACUACAUGGAUUUGGCAAACGCGGACUACGAGUGCCACUUUGCGUUGGUGCACUCGCGGUUUUCCACGAACACGUUUCCCUCAUGGGACCGGGCGCAGCCUUUGCGCUGGCUCGCGCACAACGGCGAGAUCAACACGCUCCGGGGCAACAAGAACUGGAUGCGUGCCCGGGAGGGCGUGAUGAAGUCGGAGCUGUUUGGCCCGGAGCUCGACAAGCUCUACCCGAUCAUCGAGGAGGGUGGCUCCGACUCGGCAGCUCUGGACAACGUGCUCGAGCUCUUGGUGAUCAACGGUGUGCUCACGCUUCCGGAGGCCAUCAUGGUGCUUGUUCCAGAGGCCUGGCAGCACAACGAGCACUUGGACCCGAAGCUCAAGGCGUUCUACGAGUGGGCUGCGUGCCUCAUGGAGCCCUGGGACGGCCCGGCGUUGUUUGCGUUCGCGGACGGCCGGUUCUGCGGGGCCCAGUUGGACCGGAAUGGACUCCGGCCUUGCCGCUACUAUGUGACCAACGACAACAUCAUUGUCUGUGCCUCCGAGGUGGGUGUUGUGCCUGUGGAGUCCUCGCGGAUCAUCCAGAAGGGGCGUCUUCAGCCUGGCCGCAUGCUUCUUGUUGACACUGUGAAGGGACGGAUUGUGGAUGACAGGGAGCUCAAGCGGCAGAUUUCUUCUCAGCAUGAUUUUCGCGCGUGGACGAUUUCGAAUAUGGUGACAAUGGAGGAGUUGGAGGAGAAGUUGGAGAAGAGUACCGGCAAUACUAGCAAUGCCAGCAAUAUCGCUACCGCUUCCAUUGCUGGUGAUUUGGCAAGUAAGGAUGGUGAGGAGAAGGAUGGAGAUAGUGAGGAAAAGAAUGGAAAGAAGGAGGGAAAAGAGGAGGAAAAGGAAGUAGGCAAAGAAGAAGUUAAAGAAGUAAAGGUAAAAGAGAAAGAGGGAAAGGAACAUAAUUUGAAUGGAUCCCCAAAAAUCAAUAAAUCCAAUCCUGAGGGCACAAAAAAUAUUUCCCAAAACAUUUCCCAAAACACCCCCAAUCCCUCCCCAUUCAGUUUCGCGAAAGACCCCCGCAUGAAAGCCUUCGGGUACACGCUCGAGCAGGUGGUGAAAAUUCUUGCGCCGAUGGCGCGGGACGCGCACGAGCCGCUCGGCUCGAUGGGCAACGAUGCGGCAUUGGCGUGCCUCUCCAGCGCCCCGCAGCUAGUCUACGACUAUUUCCGGGAACUCUUUGCGCAGGUGACAAACCCACCCAUUGACCCUAUCCGCGAGCGCAUAGUGAUGUCGCUCGAGUGCUAUGUGGGACCGCAGGGCAACCUGUUGGCGAUGGAGCCCUCGCAGUGCAACCGGCUCAAGUUGCGCUCGCCGAUCUUGACGAGCGCAGAGCUCGGCGCCAUCCGGCGCAUUGCGCAUGUGUACCCGAACUGGCACGUGCGCAACAUUGACAUCACGUUUGCUGCUACUGAUGGCUUGACGGGAUACACAGAGGCGAUCGACCGAGUUUGCGAGGAGGCGACGCAGGCGAUUGUGGACGACUGCCAGGUGAUUGUGUUGAGCGACCGCGCGACGUGCGCUGCGCGGGUGCCACUCUCUGUGCUUGUUGCGGCGGGCGCCGUGCACCACCACUUGGUGCGCCAGAAGCAGCGGUCGAAGGUGGCAAUCAUCGUGGAGACGGCGGAGGCGCGCGAGGUGCACCACUUCUGCUGCCUCAUCGGAUACGGCGUGGACGCAGUGAACCCGUACUUGGCAAUGGAGGCGCUGUGCGCGCUGAAUGCGCAGGGGUUGUUGCGCAACGGCGCAGGGGGUGCAACACCCAGCGCCCCGCCUGAUGCGCUCCAGCGCCUCUCCUCGCAGCAGGUCCUCGACAACUACAAGGCGGCCAUCGACGACGGCAUUCUCAAGGUGAUGUCCAAGAUGGGCAUCUCGACGUUGGCCAGCUACAAAGGCGCGCAGAUCUUCGAGGCGCUCGGCGUGGACAACAGCGUCGUGGACCGGUGCUUCACGGGGACGGCGUCGCGCAUCAAGGGUGUGACUUUCGAGUACAUUGCGCAGGACGCGUUCACGAUGCACGAGCGCGGGUACCCGCGGCGGUACACGGUGAAGCGCGCUGGAUUGCCGGAAUCUGGGGAGUACCACUGGCGUGACGGCGGGGAGGCGCACGUGAACGUGCCCGGCGCAAUUGCGAACUUGCAGGACGCGGUGCGCAACAAGAACCGGCACGCGUACGAGGUGUAUGCGCAGAAGGAGCAGGCGGCGGUGCGCGACUGCACGUUGCGCGGGCUGUUGGACUUCGACUAUGCGCACUCGCAGCCGGUGCCGCUAGACCAGGUGGAGCCGUGGACGGAGAUCGUGCGGCGGUUUGUGACGGGCGCAAUGUCGUACGGGUCGAUAUCGAUGGAGGCGCACUCGACUUUGGCGGUUGCGAUGAACCGGUUGGGCGGGAAAUCGAACACAGGUGAGGGCGGCGAGGACGUUGCGCGGUCGCGGCGCAGCGCUGCGGGCGACUCGAUGCGCUCCGCAAUCAAGCAGGUGGCGUCGGGCCGGUUCGGCGUGACAUCGUACUAUUUGAGCGAUGCGGACGAGAUUCAGAUCAAGAUGGCGCAGGGCGCGAAGCCCGGGGAAGGCGGGGAGUUGCCCGGAUACAAGGUGAGCGCCUCGAUUGCGCGCACGCGCCACUCGACGCCCGGCGUCGGGCUCAUCUCGCCGCCGCCGCACCACGACAUCUACUCGAUCGAGGACUUGAAGCAGUUGAUCUACGACCUAAAGUGCGCGAACCCGCGCGCGCGCGUGUCGGUGAAACUCGUGUCCGAGGUCGGAGUUGGUAUUGUCGCGUCAGGCGUGGCAAAAGCAAAGGCGGACCACAUUCUCAUCUCGGGCCACGACGGCGGCACAGGCGCUGCGCGCCUCACGGGCAUCAAGCAUGCGGGGCUCCCCUGGGAGUUGGGCCUUGCGGAAACGCACCAGACGCUAGUUUUGAACGAUCUCCGCGGGCGCGUGGCUGUGCAGGUGGACGGGCAGUUGAAAACUGGGCGCGAUGUGGCGAUUGCGUGCCUUCUUGGCGCCGAGGAGUGGGGGUUCGCGACGCUGCCGCUCGUUGCGCUGGGGUGCGUGUACAACCGCAAGUGCCACACGAACACGUGCCCGGUGGGGAUUGCGACGCAGGACCCUGCGCUCCGCGCGCAGUUCAAGGGCACGCCGGAGCACGUGAUCAACCUGUUCUACUACAUUGCGAACGAGAUGCGCGGGAUCAUGGCGCGGCUCGGGUUCCGCACGGUGGACGAGAUGGUGGGGCGCGCGGACAAGUUGGCGGUGCGCGAGGACCGGCGCACGACGAAGAGCGCGAACAUCGACUUGGCGCCGAUCCUGACGCCUGCGCACCAGAUCCGCCCGGGCGUCGCCACGCGCUGCGUCAAGCGCCAGGACCACCGCCUCCACGUGCGCUUGGACAACAAGCUGAUCGACGAGGCAGAGAUCACCCUCGACAAGGGGCUGCCCGUGACCAUCGAUGCGCACGCCAUGAACACGGACCGCGCCAUCGGCACGACGCUCUCGUACCGCUGUUCGAAGCGCUUCGGCCCGCGCUCCUUGCCGCAUGACACCGUGCACGUGAAUCUCACGGGGUCCGCAGGGCAGUCGUUCGGCGCAUUCUUGGCCGCGGGCAUCACCUUGGAGUUGCAGGGCGACUGCAACGAUUACGUGGGCAAGGGGCUUUCGGGCGGGCGGCUAAUCAUCUACCCGCCGAAGGAUUCGCCCUUCAAAGCGGAGGAAAACAUCAUUGUGGGCAAUACUUGCCUCUACGGGGCCACUGCGGGCACGGCGUUCAUCCGCGGGAUUGCGGCGGAGCGGUUCGCGGUGCGCAACUCGGGCGCCACGGCGGUCGUGGAGGGCACAGGCGACCACGGGUGCGAGUACAUGACCGGGGGGCGCGUGGUCGUGUUGGGCGCAGUGGGGCGCAACUUCGCGGCGGGCAUGUCGGGCGGCAUAGCCUACGUGUUGGACAUGGCGCAGGACUUCGACGAUAAAGUGAACGGCGAAUUGGUGGCGCUGGAGCGGCUGUCGGACCCCGAGGAAAUCGCGUUUCUCCGGGGGUUGCUCGAGGACCACCGGCACUAUACCGGGUCCGAGAUCGCAGAUCGCAUCCUACACGACUUCAACCGGUUCCUCCGCAAGUUCGUCAAGGUCAUCCCCCACGAGUACAAGGCUGUGCUCGAUGCCCGAGCACGGCGCCGGGCAGCCCGGCGACGCCGGCUGGCCUCGAGUCUGUUCCGCACCGUUCGGGACGAUCCGUCUGCGGACAUAACCGGGGGAGAGUUUAGUGGGGGAAGGAAUGUUGGAAAGGAGAGGGAAGGGGAUGAGAAGGAAGACGAAAAUGGAAAUGAAGCUUUUGAGGAUGGAGAUGGAGAUGAUGAUGAAGAUGGAGAUGAAGAUGAAGAUAAAAACGAAGAUGAAGAUGAGAAUGAAAAUAAAAAUGAAAAUAAAAUUGAAAAUGAUAAUGCUGGCAAUGGUAAUGUUACAGACAUCGAAGAUUCUAUUUCCUCCAUCUCACCCUCCACCUCCUCUAUUUCCUCUCCCUCCACCCCCCUCAUCAAACUUGGAGGCUUCAUGAGAUACUCCCGCAGACACGAAAAAUACCGCCCGGCCAAAUCCAGAAUCCACGACUGGAAAGAACUCACCACCCGCCUCUCGCCCCGCGAGCUCCAGGUCCAGACCGCCCGCUGCAUCGACUGCGGCAUCCCCUUCUGCCAGGCCGACACCGGCUGCCCCGUGUCCAACGUCAUCCCCAAAUUCAACGAGAUGGUCUACCGCGGCCUGUGGAAGGACGCCUUGGACCGCUUGCUCAUGACCAACAAUUUCCCCGAGUUUACCGGCCGCGUGUGCCCUGCGCCAUGUGAAAAAGCUUGCGUUGUCAAUGUCAGCGGAAACGAGCCCGUCGGCAUAAAAUCCAUCGAGGCGGGCAUAAUCGACCGCGCCUUCCGCGAGGGCUGGAUUCGCGCACAGCCGCCCGCCCUGCGCACGGGCAAGACCAUUGCCGUGGUCGGCUCCGGACCUGCGGGUCUCGCCGCCGCCGACCAGCUCAACAAGGCCGGACACCGCGUCACUGUCUACGAGCGCGCCGACCGCCCGGGCGGCCUUCUCAUGUACGGCAUCCCCAACAUGAAGCUCGAUAAAGCCAUCGUUGCGCGCCGCACGGACCUCAUGCGCGCCGAGGGCGUCGAGUUCGUCUGUGGCUGCACAGUCGGCACCGACGUCAGCGCCGAGGACCUUGCGCAUGAUUUUGAUGCCGUCAUCUACGCUGUCGGCUCCACCGUGCCGCGCGACUUGCGCAUCCCCGGCCGCGACUUGGCGCACAUCGAGUACGCCAUGGAUCUCUUGAAGCCGAACACGCAGGCGGUGCUGGCGAGCGCAGCGGCAAAAGGCGGUGCUGGCGCAUCCAGCGCAUCCAGCGCAUCCAGCGCAUCCAGCGCAUCCAGCGCAUCCAGCGCAUCCAGCGCAUCCAGCGCAUCCAGCGCAUCCAGCGCAGACCCGCUUGCGAAGAUCGCCGCGCAGAUCGCCGGCAAAGACGUCAUCGUCAUCGGCGGCGGCGACACCGGUAACGACUGCAUGGGAACCGCAGUGCGCCACGGCGCGCGCAGCGUCACUAACUUCGAGCUCUUGCCGCAGCCGCCCCGCACCCGCGCCCGCGACAACCCUUGGCCGCAGUGGCCCCGCGUGUUCCGCGUCGACUACGGCCAUACGGAGGUCAUCGAUCACUACGGACACGACCCGCGCCAGUACUGCGUCCUCUCGAAGGAAUUCGUCGGAGAUGAAAACGGAAACGUCAAGGGCAUCAAGACGGUGCGCGUCGAGUGGAAACGGUCGGACUCCGGUGCCUGGCAGAUGGCAGAGAUCCCGGGCUCCGACCACUUCUUCCCCGCCCAGCUCGUGCUCCUCUCGAUGGGAUUCGUCGGACCCGAGGUCGGAGACCUCAACGUCGCUACCACGGGCCGCGGCAACAUCGCCACCGCCAUUCAGGGCUCCUACCGCCUCACCCCGACCUCCAACACCUUCGCCGCCGGUGACUGCCGCCGCGGCCAGUCAUUGGUCGUCUGGGGCAUCCAGGAGGGCCGCCAGUGUGCCCGCGAGGUGGACGUAUUUUUGAUGGGCCAGACCAGGCUCCCGGGCAACGGCUCCAUCGAGAAGCGCGACUUCAGGAUGCUUGACGAGUUGGCUGCCAAGGUGUGA